UCGUCUCCCUUGUGAUGUGCACGGUCUUGGCGAGCACAUGUAAAUGGGCAUAAACCGAGUGUUGCCGCUAUUUCCAAAUGCUUCGCGUAGGCUAUUUUACAUUGUUGGCGCCGAACGAACGAACAUCGGACUUAGAUCUCUCGACUUGACCAUUAUCAGUCCAUAAAAAGGGUUCUCCUUAAGAUUUUGAAGGCUUUUUCAAACUGGAAUUUAGUCUGCCCUUCACUGCUUUCAUCUCUCUCUCUUCCGCCUUCUCGCUUUCCACCUUCUCCUAUCAUACCAGGAUAUAUUCAGAGACGUUUCACUAAUUUCUGUCCCAUACCAUGGCACCAACCACAGAGGUCCAUCCAAUUUCUGACUUAAGAAUGAGCACAUGAAGUUUCUUUCCAAGAAUACUGUAGUUGCGUUAGUUUCUGCUAUAAAGCCCAUUUGGAUCAGUUUCUGAUUGCAAGUAACAUGAGGAACCACGUUGGGUACUUGAUGAAAGGUGUUUCUAGCAGUUUACGUGCAGCUUUCUCCCACUGUGUAGAGCAAGUCCGAAGUUAUGAUUACCAUCACUAUCUCUGCCUCCUUGAACUUCCACCUCACAUGCGAAAGGCUGCUUUUGCCCUCCGUGCCUUCAAUGUUGAAACUGCAAGAGCUAUGGAUGUUGCUUCAGAUCCCAGGAUUGGUCUUAUGCGCCUCCUGUGGUGGCAAGAAACUAUAGAUAAGAUUUAUGCCAACAAAUUAAUUGAGCACCCAACAGCACAAGCCCUCUCAUCAGCGAUAUCUGAGUAUAAAAUUACUAAGGGAUGGUUAAAACGGUCUGUUGAAGCUCGGAUCAAUGAUGCAAGGAGAGAGGUUACUGACAUCCCAGAAACUAUAGAAGAGUUGGAAAAAUAUGCUGAGGAUACUGUAUCAACCAUCCUUUAUAUGACGCUUCAAGCCGGGGGUAUUAGGUCUACAGCAGCUGAUCAUGCAGCAUCUCAUGUUGGCAAGGCAAGUGGGCUUUUGUUGCUACUCAGGUCACUUCCAUAUCAUGCCAGCCGCAACCGUCACUUUUCUUAUAUACCAUCAGAAGUGGCAGCCAAACAUGGGUUAUUGGUGAAGGAGGGAGGUCGACCAGAAAUCCGCAUAGAUUCACGGGAGGGCUUAUGUGAUACGGUGUUUGAGAUAGCAUCGGUAGCUAAUGUCCAUUUGCAGAAGGCUCGUGCAUUAGCUGGAACAGUACCUGUGGAGGCACGCCCAGUGCUUCUGCCAGCUGUUCCAGCACAAGUUCUUUUAGACUCCUUGAGUGAGGUGCAGUUUGAUGUGUUUGAUCCAAGGUUGGAACGAGGAAUUUUGGGCAUUCCUCCUUUGUUGUACCAACUGAAAUUGAAGUGGUCUUCGUGGAGGGGUAGAUACUGACAUGUUAUUUUGUGCUAUUUCGAACCCAUUCAACAGGAAAUCUGUGUGUGGGAUUAACAUUGUGAGGGAAGUGAGAAUUCUGUCAUAAUUCUUCAAAAUUAGCGGACCGUCUUCCAGAGGAAACAUGUUAUUAUCUUCAUCCUUCAAAAACUCUGGUUAAAAGUCUACUUUGUGGAAAUUUUCCUGGAUGAUUUACAUAGCCUGAUUUUGAAACUUCUGAAAGUUGCACAUGAAAAACAAGAAUCGUUUGCAACCUGAUUUCUGGAGCUUGCUCGUUUAAAAGUAAGCCUAAUACUCCGAAUGAGGAACUUCAGUUCAAAGCCCAGCCAUCAACUAUGAAAACCAUCAGGAGGAAGAAGGGAUUGAACCAUCAACACCUGGGACAUACUAAACGACUGAGCUACUCCAGCUCAUUGAUGGUUAAUUACAAAAUAAACCAGCCCAAGUCCACUAAAUAGACUAUCAUGUUAUGCAAGUGCAAUCGGUCUCUGUUUCCUCCAUGGAAUAUAAAAGGCUCAUAUAUGAUUACUUUUGUCAUCUUACCAAUAUUUAAAUUUUAAUGCCUUUAAACUAAUCCUACAGAGAUAACAUCUUGAAUAAAUAAAUUAAUUCCACUUAGAUUUUUUUACUG